AUGGACCAGGACACCGCAUUCACAGUGUGCGCAGAGCACUCCGACGUCGCCAAGACCUUAAAACCCUUCAUGGCCUUAAAACACUUGCAGAUAAACACCCAACUCAGUGCUCUCGCCAUUGAUCCGAACAACCCAUACAUGGCUUUGGUUCGAGUCCGCGAUCUUGCUUGCGAGAUUUGGUCCUACUCCCCCGAGACCUUUCGCGUCGCGACUCGAAGCCUCGCACGGAAUGGGACACAGCUCGGGGGCAAUUGCUCCUGGUUGGCGACUCGGAGUUUUGAUGACCGGGAUAUCGAUGGGUGGGAUGUUGAGAUCGUCGAUGAAGUCGCGGCGGCUGCAGAGAGGAAGCUGAGGGUCUGGGCCCGGGCCGUGGAGGUUCCGUUUGAACCACCUACUGACGGGCAAGAGCGAUUGCAGUGGGAGAAGGAUCUUGGAAAGAAGGUUGAAGUGGCCGGAGCGAAAGCGUUGAGAGCGUUGAAAUAG